AUGAGAGUUAAAGUGAAACGUUGGCAUGGAGUUGCAGUUUGGAGGUGGGAUGUACCUAACGAGGAAGUUUGUGGAAUAUGUAGAGUGCCCUUUGACGGUUGUUGUCCUACCUGUAAAACUCCUGGAGACGAUUGUUCGCUAAUUUGGGGAGAGUGUACACACGUGUUUCAUAUGCAUUGUUUAUUAAGGUGGCUCCAAACGGAAGGAAGUCGUGGACAAUGUCCAAUGGAUCGCAGGACAUGGGGUAUAAACUUUACUAAAUUGUUUUUUCUUCUUUAA